GCGGUUCUUUCUGCUGAUUAUCGUCGAGGCUUGCGGGAUGCGGCUAUUUGGUUGCUGGGGGUGGCUCGGUACUUGGGCUCGGGUGGUCGAUGCAUGGCUGGAGAGAGCAGUGGAGCAUUGCUACCAAACAGGGGAGCGGCUAUAUCGGGUGCGGCUCGGUGUCCUCGGCCUUCAACGUCUGCUUCACCUUUCGGGUCCGUUGCUGAGGGGAACGUGGGCGGCUCUGCGUGGAUGGCAGUCCUUGGUGCCAGUGAGGUCCAGGGUGGUGGUCAUCGAUGCUUGGGUGUUGGAUUGCCUUUGAAGCUCUCCUUUGCCCGGGCGAGGCGCGACUGGGCUAAGCUGGUGAGUGAGGCUCUGGCGGCUCUGGACUUGCAGGAUCGAGGAGGCUUUGUCGACGCAGGUCCUUUCUUCGGCUACUGCUUUAGCUCAGAAACAGCUUGGCCUGGCGCAAAAACACGUGCACUUCUUGUCUGCUCCGCCGCCUUCUUCUCUCAGAAGCUUGGUGCACCUGUAAGGAUGUCUGUGCGCUUGCAGCGGGCCUUGAGAGAACUGUCUGCUGCUCUAGAAGAGACUACUUGGGACGUGGUCUCCCCGACUUCCAGCUCAGUGUCCGGCACUACAGUGGCGGCUACUGUGCAGGCCAGCAGUGAAGGGCAAGGGCAAAGGCCGCGGGCCCGUGCAAAGGCUGUGGGUCCUGUGGCAGGGGGCUACACCACUACUGUGGGCUCUGAGGAGGGGAGUGGCAGUGCAGAGAAACCAGGACGUAGGCCUACAGUGUUGGUGGCCGACACUACAGCGAGCUCUGUCGCCUACCACGGAAACGUGCGCCACCACGUGGUUCUCUCGAACCCAAAAGAUCCAUCCUUUGUAGGAUGGACGGCCGGCCCAGCAGCCACGACUUGGCGCCGCCUGGAGGCAAAGUUACCAGGAGGCCAACUCUCCGACUCAGCCGUACGGCUACGGCGAGUAGAGUCCAAGCAAGCAGCCGAAGAACUGUGGAAGCAGUACCAGCCGGGCCAGACGCUGCCGCUGCAGCCCUUUUGGCUGCUUCUACUUGGCAACGUGGAAGUGGAUGCGGGGAUGAACCCUGCCGAGGUGCUCAGCGAGCCGGCGGCUCGGCAAGCCGCCACCCGCUGGCGCUCUGGCAGUGCAGCCCGCCGUAUUACGGCGGCCUUAGCGAGGCUGACUACCUCCUUGCAGUCCUGGGGCUCAGGAACUACUUCUUCGGCAGCAGGAGGCUCACCUGAACUGGUGCCAGUCAGGGCUCGACCGCUUCUCUCGGGGCCCUGGGAGCGGCCUCGCUGGCCUACUCUUGAGGGAAUCUUGCAGAACCUCUGGGCUCUGCGCUGGCGGACUUGGCUGGCCUGCUUCUUGCUGCUGUUGUUCCCGCGCGCCUCUGCACUAGUCGUGGUGCUGCUGUGCAGGUACCUGAUCAAAGGUCUGGUCGCUUUGAUCGUCUACUUUGGCCAGGAACUGUUUGCGCAGAUAGCUGUGACGGUGCAUGAGGUCGAAGACACCAUGGUCUCUUGGCUCGGCUCCUACUUGCACCCGGUGCCUCAUGCCCCGGUUUCUCAGGUCCCACUCAUGUGGCAACAACCCUCAGAUGGCACCGCAGAACGGCCUCCUGCGAUGCCACCACAGCCUGGCAACCAUAACAACUAUGAUCACCCGCCCACCCGACCCAUUGAUGUGCUGACUGUGCUCCUUCUUGCCGGGAACCUCUUGCGCGGCCAGCCGGGAGUGGGUGGAGGUAAUCCUGCAGGUUAG